GUCUGCCUGUCUGUGUACUGACCUGUCUGUCUGUGUACCGACCUGCAGUGUUGGGUGUAGCGUGUUCCUAAAGUAACGGAGUUACAGUAAUGUAUUACUUGUUGCUGUAACGCAGUAAUAUAACGCAGUACUUCUGAAAUGUGGGUAAUAUAAUACCCGUUACGAUUCUCAGUAACAGUUACACCACAUUCAACAUUAAGUGUAGGUUUGUUUCUAAACAUUCACCAACAUGGCGAGACAUUGGGACACCAGAGGACCAGUUGUGUGGGGAGAAUAGUAACUCAGUAAGCCUGUUUCCUAUUGGUUCAGAGGGCUGCAGGAACAGAUUCCACUUUUGCACCAUGCAGAGCUGCAGGCUCGGAGAAAAGAGACGAGUGCUCCGAGCCAGAGCAGCAGAAGGUAACUCUCUGGGUCUGCUGCUGAACCCGAGAAGUUGAGAGACUUGUGGCAGAGUGUUGAAGAUCUGCAGCCUCUGUCCUCUGUGGAAUCUCCGGCUUUUAGAAAGCUUGUCAGCCAAAUCCCCGUUAACACACCAAUGACCAGAUACCCGUCUCCUGGAAAAGUCAGAGCUGCAGGCCGUCCUCUCUGAGAGAUAUCAGCCUGAUAAAUAUGACCUGCAGCGAGGACACGAGGGGGGGUGUGUGGACGGGCCCCGCAGUGAUGUCCUGCAGCAGGAAGUGUCUCAGAUGAGGAUCAAACACCAGGAGGAGCUGACAGAGCUGCACAAGAAGAGAGGAGAGCUGGCUCAAAGUGUGAUUGAACUGAACAACCAGAUUCAACAGAAAGACAAGGAGAUCCAAAGCAACGAGGCCAAGAUGUUGGAGUACCAUCAGCAGAUCUCUGGCCUGGAGGGGGACUGUCGGGACCUCAGGGGCCUCCUGCAGGACCUGGAGCGAGCCAAUCAGACGCUGAAGGACGAGUACGACGCCCUGCAGAUCACCUUCUCCGCUCUGGAGGAGAAACUGAGGAAAACCUCUGAAGACAACCAGGAGCUGGUCAGCCGCUGGAUGGCCGAGAAAUCUCAGGAGGCCAACAAGCUGAACGCAGAGAACGAGAGGGACACAAGGCGCAGACAGGCUAAGCUGCAGAAGGAGCUGGCCGACGCCGCAAAGGAGCCCCUGCCCAUCGACCCAGACGACGACAUCGAGGUGCUGGCAGAGGAGGCUGGUAAGGGAGGGGGCGAGACGUCUCCCAGCAGGAUGCUCAGCAGGACCCCCAGUAAGAAGAUCACCCAGCCCCCCCCGGGUGGUCUGCUGGACUCCAUCUCCAACAUAUUUGGGCGCCGGGCGCCCCCCCCCUUCAGCUCCUCUCCAGAGGGAUCAGAGACCCCUUCAGGUGUGUGUGCCGAAGUCCGGGUCCCCACCACGGCUAUACACAUGUUCGACGCUCAUGACGGCGAAGUAAACGCUGUGAGCUUCAGCCCCGGCUCCCGUCUCCUAGCAACCGGAGGGAUGGACCGCAAGGUGAAGCUGUGGGAGGUCGUCUCCGGUCACUGUGAGCCUAAAGGUUCGUUGACCGGCAGCAACGCAGGAAUCACCAGCAUCGAAUUCGACAGUGCAGGAUCCUUCCUGCUGGCGGCCUCCAAUGAUUUUGCGAGUCGUCUGUGGACCGUUGAGGACUCCCGACUGAGACACACCCUGACUGGUCACAGUGGGAAGGUGCUGUCAGCUCGAUUCCUAUUGGACAACACUCGCAUCGUCUCCGGGAGCUACGACCGGACCCUCAAACUGUGGGACCUUCGCAGCAAAGUCUGUAUGAAGACGGUGUUUGCCGGCUCCAGCUGUAAUGACAUUGUCUGCACAGAGCAGUGUGUGAUGAGUGGACACUUUGACAAGAAGGUCCGUUUCUGGGACAUCAGAGCAGAGAGCAUGGUGCAGGAGCUGCAACUGCAGGGUCGGGUCACCUCUCUGGAUCUGAACCACGACCGCACUGAGCUGCUCAGCUGCUCCAGAGACGACUUGCUGAACAUCAUCGACCUGAGGACCUGCAGCGUCAGACACACACUCAGCGCUCAGGGCUUCAAGUGUGGAGCAGACUGGACCAGAGUGACCUUCAGUCCUGACGGCUGCUACGUGGCGGGGGGGUCGGCAGACGGCGCUCUGUACAUCUGGAACGUCUUAACAGGGAAAGUGGAGCGGACUCUGGACCGGAGCCACAACUCUGCCAUCAAUUCCGUGUCCUGGUCCCCUUCAGGAGCGUACGUCGUCAGCGUGGAGAAGGGCAGCAAAGCCAUCCUGUGGUCGACAUGUGAGGGGGGGGGCGCUAACGUUAGCAGGUAGGAAACCAGGGGCGCUAACGUUACCGGAAAGGAGCCGAGAGACGCUAACGUUAACGGAAAGGAAACCAGGGUCGCUAACGUUACCAGAAAGGAGCAGAGAGACGGUAACAGUACUGGAAAGGAGCGGAGAGGGAACAAGCUGAUGGACGCUUACGUCAGCGGGGUCAGCAGAGACGUGCCAUGGGUUGCUAAAGAUUGCGUGGACGAGCCAAGAGAUGCUGAUGGAGACAAUCUGAUAGACACUAAUGUUAGCACGGUGGAGACGAGAAACGCUAACAUUAGCUGAAAGGAACUGAAACGCUAACGUUAGCUGAAAGGAACUGAAACGCUAACGUUAGCUGAAAGGAACUGAAACGCUAACGUUAGCGCAGAGGAGCCUAGAAACACUAACAUUCGCUGAAAGGAACUGAGAGACGCUAAGGUAGAUAAGCAACGGGAAGUAACCCCUUAGCCACGGGCUCAUUGAUGGACGCUAUCAUUAGCCGUGUUGUUGAUGGACGCUAAACGUUAGUUGUGCUCGUUGUCAGCGCAACAGAAAGCGAUAGUUUUCUUUUCUUGUCGAAUGGUUGUGUGUGUGUGUGUGUGUGUGUGUGUGUGUGUGUGUGUGUGUGUGUGUGUGUGUGUGUGUGUGUGUGUGUGUGUGUGUGUGUGUGUGUGUGUGUGUGUGUGUGUGUGUGUGUGUGUGUGUGUGUGUGUGUGUGUGUCAUUAAAACAGUUUUGUUUUUCUACGUUAAACUGCAGACUCCUCACUUCCUGCUUGACAUCACAUGACAUGUCCUCAGCUCAUACGGAAACCAAAGACCUUUAUUUUAUUUAUUGUCAAAAGCUACAUUCAGAUUUUUGUCUGUAGUCCAUUUCACUAUAAAAAAACUACAAUUCUCACAAUGCAGCCCUUAAGAGACACUGAUGUGGCCGUCUGUAUGGAGACCUUUAUCCCUUCAUCAGAGGGCUCCUAUUAUAUUUAUUAAUAAUACAUUUAGUUUAUAAGCGCUUUUACAGGUUCUGAAAGUGGCUUUACAGAGUUACAUAAAAAAGAAAGACAACUAAUAAAUAAAGUAAAAGUCACAUUUAAAUCGAGCAAUGUAACAACAAUCACACAUUAAAAGCCAGUUUGAAGA